GUAAUUUCAAACAUAAGCCGGAAUAUAAUCGUUCAUCGCAGAAGACGGAUGCGUUACUUUGCUCUAACCUUGGUUCAUUUUGGGGGAAAACAAAUAAGAAAUGGACAAGGGAGAUCAAGUAGUAGCAUCAGAAUACUCUGAUGUGGAUGAAGAAGAGAGUUUCUUUCAGGAUGUUGAUGUUCUGCAGGAGCAUGGAAUUAAUGUAGCAGACAUAAAGAAGCUUAAAUCUUCUGGAAUAUGCACAAUAAAGGGGAUUCAAAUGUGCACUCGCAAAAAAUUAUGUGGCAUUAAAGGUUUCUCAGAGGCUAAAGUUGACAAAAUCAAAGAAGCAUGUUGUAAGAUUGGCACAGGGAUGGGGUUUCUGACAGCACUAGAAGUUAGUGAUAGGCGAAAAUAUGUUUUUCGAGUAAGCACAGGAAGCCAGGAAUUAGAUAAACUUUUAGGCGGAGGUGUAGAAUCCAUGGCAAUUACAGAAGCAUUUGGAGAAUUUCGAACUGGUAAAACACAGUUAUGCCACACAUUAUGUGUGUCUGCACAAAUGCCAGGAGCAAAUGGGUAUUGUGGUGGCAAAGUGAUUUUCAUUGAUACAGAGCAUACCUUACCUGAUCGUCUUCGACCAAUUGCUGAUCGGUUUAAUUUGGACCAAAAUGCAGUCCUUGAUAACAUUUUAUAUGCUCGAGCUUAUACAAGUGAACAUCAGUAUGAACUAAUGGAUUAUGUUGCUGCAAAGUUUCAUGAAGAACCUGGAGUCUUCAAAUUACUUGUAGUAGACUCUAUUAUGGCACUGUUCCGAGUAGAUUUUAGUGGACGAGGUGAACUAGCUGAUCGCCAACAAAAGUUGGCUCAAAUGCUUUCUCGUUUACAAAAAAUUUCAGAAGAAUACAAUGUUGCGGUCUUCAUUACAAAUCAAAUGACAUCUGAUCCAGGAGCUGCACUUACAUUCCAGGCAGAUCCAAAGAAACCCAUAGGAGGAAACAUAUUAGCCCAUGCUUCAACAACUAGGCUGGCCCUACGGAAAGGCAGGGGUGAAACCAGAAUUGCCAAGAUUUAUGACAGUCCUGAACUUCCUGAGAAUGAAGCUACUUUUGCAAUAAUGUCAGGUGGAAUUAUAGAUGCAAAAGAUUAAGUGAGCGUAACUGGAUUGACCCUGAUUAGAGUUUUGUAAGAAUAACUGUGUAUUAUCAUUGAUUGUUCAGUAGGAAGAUAGGAUAUGUAACUGAGGGCUAUUAAUGAUCAUAAUAAUG